AAACACGUGACCGGCAUGGAGAAGAGUUUCAUUAGCAGUGAAGGACAACAGACAGGAGACAGACAGACGUUACAUGACUGUUGGACCGUCACUGACUCAGCCCGGCUCUCUGGCAACAGAACUCGCCCAUCAUGACCGACAUGAAGACCCCCUUGCUGCCCAGUUCUGACCCUGACCCGUCAGAGCCCGGCGGCCCUGGAGGCCCCGUGAUCUCCAUCAUCGGCUCCGGAGACUUCUCCCGCUCCCUCUCCACCCGGCUGGUGGCCUGUGGGUUCAGGGUGGUGGUGGGCAGCAGAGACCCUCGCCGUGUGGCCGGGGGUCUGUUUCCUGCCGGGGUGGAGCUGCUGACGCAGAGGGAGGCGGCGGAGAGGGCGGAGAAGGUGGUGUUCACCGCCGUCUACCCAGAGCACUAUCACACCCUGGUGGGGCUGAGGGAGCCGCUGGAGGGCAAGGUGCUGGUGGACGUCAGCAACGCCACCGGACUGAACAGAGGAGGGCGGGCCAACGCCGAGAGGCUGGCCGAGCUGCUCCCUCAGAGCCGGGUGGUGAAGGGCUUCAACACGGUGUCUGCGUGGGCGCUGCAGGCUGGAGCCCAUGAUGGAAGCAGACAGGUGCUGAUCUGCAGCGACUGCUCCGACUCCAAGUCCACGGUGCUGCAGCUGGCCCGUCGUCUGGGCUUCAGCCCCGUGGAUCUGGGCGGUCUGUGUGCCUCCAGAGACAUCGAGGAGGCCCCGCUCAUCCUCUUCCCCUCCUGGGGAGGCCCCGUCUUAACCACCUUCCUCCUCUUCCUCUUCUUCUAUGGUUACCUCUUCCUGAGGAACAUCCUGCUGCCGUACCUCGACGAAGGAAGGAACAACUUCUACGAACUGCCACUGGUGACGGUCAACCAGGCGCUGCCCGCCGUCUCCCUGGUUACACUGGCUCUGGUCUACCUGCCAGGUCUGCUGGCGGCCGUCUUCCAGCUUGGCAGAGGAACCAAAUAUAAGAGGUUCCCUGAUUGGCUGGACCGCUGGCUGUGCAGACGGAAGGAGCUGGGCCUGCUGAGCUUCCUGUGUGCCGUGCUCCAUGCGGUGUACAGUAUGUGUCUGACGCUGAGGAGAGCUGCAGGAUACAACCUGCUGAACGCCGCCUACCGACAGGUGAGGGCCGGUGUCGAGAACUCGUGGUCGGAGCAGAUGGUGUGGAGGUCCGAUCUCUACCUCUCCUGUGGGAUUCUGGGAUUUGGAGUCCUCACCCUGCUGGCGAUCACCUCGCUGCCCUCAGUGGGAAACGCUCUCAACUGGAGGGAGUUUACAUUUGUUCAGUCCGGACUCGGCUACGCUGCCUUGACUCUGUCCAUCAUGCACGCUCUCUUCUUCGGCUGGGACUUCGCCUUCUUCCCCGGGGCUUACCCUUACUACCUCCCCCCGGUGUACCUGCUGGCCCUCAUCCUGCCCUGCAUCGUCCUGCUCGGACGGACCUUCUUGGCUCUGCCUUGUCUCAUGUUCAGACUGACAAAGAUCCGCCGGGGCUGGGAGAGCCCGAGACACCGGCCCCCAAACAACCAGGAGCUGCCUGAAGAGGAUCCUCCUGGUGAUGUUUAAUGUUUGAGAGAUAAGAAGGGAAAGACUUCUGGACCGUCCAGAGGUGUGUUUUCUCUCUGUGAGAGUCUGAACUCUGUCUCCUCCUCCGAAUCCUUCACGACUGACACUUCUCUGCUCACACUAACAAGAAUAAGACACAGACACAGAGACGAGCUGUGAUGUGUUGAUCCAGCUGUGCCUUCAUGACCUCUGACCUCUUUUAAAGAUCGCCUCAUUUUUAUACAAAUCUUUUAUCAGUUUAUAAUAAUAGUUCCAAAAAAAGUUAUUUCAGGGACUGUAAACAUGUUUAAUAUCAGUUCCAGCUUCACAUUUCACAAAUCUGUUAACAAAAACAGGAGAGAUUAACAUUUUAUUUUACAGGUCUGAUACUUCUGAGUAAUGUUGAGAACAUUUCCUGGAUAAAACAGUUUAAACUCGAACUAAUCACAGAGAGGACAGUUACUUUAGUUUGAGCUGAUUUGAUGUUUGAGUUGAUUAUUGAACCGGAGGAAGAGAGAAGGAGAAGUUUCCUAUUUCAAAAUAAUCACAAUCACUCUCUAAUUUAUCUUUAAUUAGCAACAAAUGGGUCAAUAGAGCAAACAAGCUAAACUUUAUUUACAUAUCUAUAUAAUUACAUUAGAUUUGUGCUGCAGAGUGAGUUGCUAUGAAAGUUGCAGCCACAAAUAAUGUUAACACGAUUUAAAAAUAACUUAAAGAAAAUAAAAUGUUUAAGAUCAGCAACCGAGCAGGUAAAUAACACAAAUGUUAAGAAAGUCAGAAUAAUGUCAUAUUUGAGACAAACAGUCGACCAGUAAAGAAUAACAACACCCGUGAUUUCAAAUCAAUAGAAUAAGUAACAUGAAAAAGUUAAUUUCUCUCUUCCUUCUUCACAUGUUGUGUUUCUAUUGUCAUCAUCUAAUAAUGACAUAAAAUAUCCUCCAAGAGAAUUAUAAUUAACACCACAUUGCAAUUAGUGUACAUUUUGAUCUCUCAGCUUCCGUUUAAUAAAAUGUUUAUCCUGGAAACAUCAAACACAAAUGAAAACUUUAAGUGAAACAGUUGACAGAGUGAAUGACUCCUUUAAGUCUGUAUGAAAAAAUAAGUGUGAUAAAUUGUUCAUUAAUACCUCAGUUUGUCUUCACCUUCAAGUCGUCACCUUCACCGUCAGAACACUUUGUGACAAGACAUUUUUACAGGGUGUUAAACCCGACAACAUUACAACAGCUUCUCUGUGUCAUUAUCAACAAAUUAAAGCACUUUAUGGUUUUAUUUUCUGCACUUUGAUGUCUGUUCAUCAUAAAGACCUCUGUCCUUGUGUUUUAUCAACACUUUCCAGUUUACUACCCUUAAGAAACAGUCAUUUCAAUACUUUAUACCUUUAUUCAGUUCCAAUAUCAUCAGAUUCCUGUUAUGAAAUCCAAAGACAAAUACAAGCGAUUGUUUGUGUGUGUGUGUGUGUGUGUGUGUCUGUGUGUGUGUUUAUAUACAAAUAUAUAGGUGUGUUUGUAUGUGUAUAUGUAUAUACUGAACUCUCAUGUAACACAACAUCUCAGUUACAACAUGAAGUUAUUUUGAAUAAAAAUGUUUUCUCUAU